AUGUCCACCGCGAUGACGAAGGACAAACCCAUUCGAAUUGUCAUUGUUGGCGGCUCUUAUGCGGGCCACAUGGCCUUCUCUUCCAUAUGCAAUAACCACGCUGAUGUGGAGAUGGAUAUCACUAUGGUAUCCAUGUCCAAACACGCGUACUAUAAUGUCAUUAGUCCGAGGCUACUCGCUGAACCUGAAAAAUUCGACCAAGUGACUUUCUCAGUGGAAGAUUUUGUUCGUAAGUAUUCGGGUGGCAAGGCUAGAUUUGUCCAGGGGAAAGUUACGAAGGCUGAUUUCACUUCCAACAGUGUUUCUGUGGAAACUAGCCACAAUCCGCAAGAGGCUGAAAAGAUCGAGUACGACCUUUUGGUGAUUGCUACGGGGGCAAGAUCCAAUUUUGCGGGCUUCAAGGUGAACAGCUCAGCUGACGAAGCUAAGGCUGCCAUUAAAAAGACUGUUUCCCAGCUUCAGACUGCCAAGCUGGUGGCAGUUAUUGGCGGAGGACCCACAGGAGUCGAAACUUGUGGUGAAAUUGCGUCCAAGUACAAGAGUAUCCUGGUGACACUCUAUACUGGCUCAGUGGGACCCUUGCCCACGUUUCCAAGCUUGACUAGAGGGGCAACAGACAAAUUAAAUAAGUUAGGCGUGAAAGUUAUUAACGGAGUGAAAUCUGUGGAAACGAAAUCCACUGCGCUGGGAACACAGGUUGUUUUUGACAAUGGAGAAACGAAAACUUUUGAUGUGGUGAUCGAAGCUACUAGGGAAACGCCUUUUUCGGAUUUUGUGCCAGCAUCUGCUAAAGACGAGGCCGGAUGGGUUUUGACAGACAAACAUUUGGUAGUAAAAGGAACUGAAAACGUCGUUGCGCUUGGCGAUAUUGUGUCAGGCUCUCCUAAAACAAUCGUGGAUCUCAAACGAGGACAGAUUGGUGUUUUCUCAGACACUAUCAAGUAUCUUUUGGGAAGCUCAAGCACUUCGGGCAAAGAGUAUUGUCCUGUAACUAACCUUAUUCUUAUUCCUGUUUCUCGUACUGGAGGCGAGGGUUUAAUUUACGGGUGGCACGCCCCGAACUGGGCUGUUUGGUUCUUAAAGUCCAGGACGUUUAUGAUAGAGAGGGCGGGAGAAGCUUUCGAAUAA